UCACUAACUGAUGCACAACGACGCCGUGAGGAAGACUAGUUAACCUCUCACAGCGGACGACAAACUCCUCUUUGUUCACCGUUGAUCGCCCAUGGAGCUCACUCUACCGGCAGGCAUUGCCAGCUCCUCCACCUUGCGGUGGCUCAGAAUUCGUGCUCAAAGACACACGCCUUUGUCACGGAUUCAAUACCCAGUCUUCCCUGCAAGCCCGAGAAGAAUGGACCGACAGUUAUUGACGUCAAAAUCCACAACCCCACGCGCCGCCGCUCCUAUCGGUGACAACGGCUCCUCCUCCAUCUCCACCGCUUCGCCGGUACAGCCAGUUGGGAGCCGGGUUGGAGAAGUGAAGAGGGUCACCAAAGAGACCAAUGUUUCUGUGAAAAUUAACUUGGAUGGUACUGGGGUUGCUGACUCGUCCACGGGAAUCCCAUUUCUCGAUCACAUGUUAGAUCAACUUGCGUCGCAUGGGCUGUUUGAUGUACAUGUGAGGGCAACUGGUGACAUUCAUAUUGAUGACCAUCACACCAAUGAAGAUGUUGCUCUUGCUAUUGGAACGGCUUUGCUGCAGGCUCUUGGUGAUAGGAAAGGAAUUCACCGGUUCGGGGACUUCUCAGCUCCUUUAGAUGAAGCAUUGAUUCACGUUGCCUUGGAUUUAUCAGGGAGACCAUAUUUAGGUUAUGAUUUGCAGAUUCCCACUCAGAGGGUUGGAAACUAUGACACUCAGUUGGUUGAGCAUUUUUUCCAGUCAUUAGUGAAUACUUCUGGUAUGACACUUCACAUCCGACAGCUUGCUGGAAAGAAUUCACACCAUAUUAUUGAGGCAACCUUCAAAGCUUUCGCCAGGGCUCUUCGUCAAGCAACAGAACCUGACCCACGACGCCUUGGGACCAUACCAAGCUCGAAGGGUGUUCUGUCACGUUCUUGACGAGUUCAUUGCCAUAGUUGAAGCAACAAAUGACUUAAAGUUGGCAUUGUGGCCCCCUGAAGCGCUAAAUUUGCAAUUGUUGGUGGUUAUUGGGAGGACUUAUCCGCAAUCUGAGCACGUUUUGGGAUCACAAGUACCAGCCAAAGUGCAACUCCAGCCCAGUUACAAGAACUAGCUGUGUGAUCGAAUAUGAAACCAUGGAACUUUCAUAGGAUUAUUGUUUGUCCUACAUUAGAACUAUUUAUGUAAGCGUAUCCUAUAGAGCUUCUAUGAGGUUUGAGAUUGUAAAAUAAAUAGCAGACUUUUUUAUGUCAUUCCACAAAAUAGCAUGGCUCAAGAAGGCAAAAUAGACGUCACAAUCUGACGCAGCAAAUCAUUUCUGAAAUCAUGUACAGGCUUUCUCUCCAAUACCCACACUAUGGUAAUCACAAGGAAUAUAAGAACAAAACUGAGCUAUUUGUAGGGUGAAGUAUAUUCAAUUCUGCAAAUUCACAAAUCCAAUAAAACACCAACAAACAGACGAUUACAAACUGACAAGCGGCUCACCAUGUUCUUCCUUGCCAUAAACGAGAGAUAACAAACACUUUCUUAGUUCAAGCAUGAGCGAGCCUCUUCACUAUUGUGGCCAUAUACUUGCCCUGGUGUUCUGCAAGUGCCAGCUCGGUUUCACUCGGUUGUCUAGAACCAUCACCAGCAAAAACUCCAGCACCAUAUGGCGAGCCCCCUCGGAUAGAGUCCAUCUUGAACAUGCCAGCACCAAAGGUGUAGCCCACGGGAACAAACAACAUGCCAUGGUGAGCCAACUGGGUGAUUGCUGUCCAUCUGAAUAACCAAGCAAUCAAAAUUCAAAACACCGAGCAUUACCAUACCAGAAGAUAAAGUUCGUUCAAGCUUUUAGAAUAACAAUUCUUGCAUAACUAAGGAGACCAUGAUGCAUUGUUUUUUACAGAUCCAUGAGCUCUAUCCUGAAUUGUGCUUGAAAAUGGUAAGCUUUCUUGCAAUCAAACCAUUAGACAUUUAAAGUUCGAAACACAAUUUGCUACACAAAACAAAAUAAACGCAUUUGUUUACGGUUAAAAAAGUGAAAGAUGUGAUGACCUAAAGAGAUGAAAGAACCCAACUUUACGUUUCCAUUCCGUGUUGGAACUUUUGCCAGUAUAGUAAGACGUAUAGAUGAAACAUUAUCCGUUAGGUCAGUGCCACUUUUCACAAGCAAAAGCGUCAGUCUGCAGUAAACUCAAACACUCAAC